UGACUCAAUCUUAUCCCAGCCACCAUGUCCAACAUUCUGGGUGCAAUUGGAAUGCUGAAGCAAACUUUUCAAAAGUAUGCUGGAGCAGAUGGAGACAAGGGUUCUCUGUCGAAGAAGGAACUUGCCACCUUGCUGAAAGCUGAGGUUCCUGGAUUAGCUGAUAAAAAGGAAGAGGUGGAUGAGUUUAUGAAGGCGCUGGAUGAAGAUGGUGACGGUUCUGUUGAUUUUAAAGAAUACGUCGUUUUUGUCGCCACCCUGGCUAUGAUUUUGGGCGCUACAAAAUAAUGAACAUAAACUGUCACUAGUGUUGUGGAGGUUUGAACAGGUUAAAGUGAAUAUGAUGUGAAAUGUCAAUGUUGAUUUUUAAACAAGGAAAAUUAAACUUUUUUCACACUUAA